UAGCUCGCUUUGCCGACUCAAAACGUAUUACCCGCCAUCGUCCUCAGUGGGUAUGGCUCAACCGAAUGAUUUACAAUAAUAAGUUUCAACUGAGACCCCGUUUCCGAUGGUGGACUUGGUCGAUUUACCCCGCAUGAUUUGGGAUAUACUAGCGACCCUCUUCAGGACUUCAUCAUGGAAACGUGUUUCUUAAAUAUCGUACUCCGUCUCUUUAUGGUGGUCGUGGCAGGACCUCAAAAUGCAUGGACUUACACUAAAAGCAGCGAUAUGGACGGGACGGUGGUGACGGAAGGGCACUUUUCAAUCAACUUUUCCAACUCGAAAGAAGUAACGGCACUGCCAAAGAUUGUUUUUAGUACCGGAACAGAUUUUAGGGAAUUAAUAACUACAAGAGGUCUUCAACGGACUGAUGAGCCACAAACACAGAGAAAGUUAGGCACCGAUCAGAACAUGCACAUCUCGUUAAAGACCGACAGCUGGACACCAGAAGAAAGCAUGAUCCUCUCCACUGAGCCUCUGAGCUCCACUGUGAUGGGGACCACUGAAGCCACCACACAGUGGGAGGACCAGACCCCAGACACACUCACUGACACCUACACUGCCCUCCCAGGGAGAUCCAGGGCGGUGACACAGGAACAGAUGCCCCAGGACAACCCAGACACGGCACUCAUGUUGGGGGACUCCACAGAGAUGAGGACUGUGGGUCUGUCUGCCCACACUGACAAUGAUGAGGUGAAGACAAGGAUGAGGACUGUGGGUCUGUCUGCCCACACUGACAAUGAUGAGGUGAAGACAAGGAUGAGGACUGUGGGUCUGUCUGCCCACACUGACAAUGAUGAGGUGAAGACAAGGAUGAGGACUGUGGGUCUAAAUGUCAACACUGACAAUGAGGAGGUGAAGACAAGGAUGAGGACUGUGGGUCUAAAUGUCCACACAGACAAUGAUGAGGUGAGGACUGUGGGUCUAUCUGCCCACACAGACAAUGAUGAGGUGAAGACAAGGAUGAGGACUGUGGGUCUAUCUGUCCAAACAGACAAUGAUGAGGUGAGGACUGUGGGUCUAAAUGUCCACACAGACAAUGAUGAGGUGAGGACAGAGAUGAGGACUGUGGGUCUAAAUGUCCACACAGACAAUGAUGAGUUGAGGACAGACGAGAGGACUGUCGGCCUGUAUGUCCGCACAGCCAGUGAUGAGGUGAGGACCGUGGGUCUACCUGUCCACACAGAAAGCACCUACAUCUCUUCCACCAUCACUCGGGCCGGGGAGAGGACCCUGCUCUCUGUCACCUCCAACAGCACCUCCACCUAUACAGAAGAUUCAAACCCCUCGCAGUCUUCCUCCUGGGGGCUCAUAGCCGGGGUCACAGGGUCCCGGGACCAUGCCGACACCAAGGCUGAUGGUCUGGACUCUACUUCCCAGUCCCACGACCCUGCUAACUCCUCAUCUGAGACCGAGGGGCCUGGCCUCUCCCCAGCUACAGUCCCCCUGACAGGGCCUCCUAGCACCACUGAGCAAAACACCACUUCCUCUGAGGAGGACUCGCCCAACUCCACCCCCCCUCUCGACGUGCUCGACAACAACACCAGGUGGCAGAAAGACUCGACAGACCCCGGCCACUCUUCAGGAGGCGGGACCACCCCAGCAGAGGAUGAGGUGUCUUCGUCCUCAUCCCCCCCUGCCCCUUCGACAGAGGAUGGACCCACCAACACCACCCAGCUGGGUGGGAGUUCCUCCAGCAGCAUCGGGACCUCCACACACUCUUCCACAGGGUAUCUCGGCACCCAGAGCCAGGGCAGGACAGAAGGGAUGACCUCCCAGGCGGCCGGGGUUGAGGAGACAACCAGGCUGGGUCUGACCACCACACCACCCAGGGGCAGAGACGUCGUCACCUCAGUGGAUGACUCGCUGUCCAGGUUCUUGUCUGGUCAGCCCCCCUUCACCUCAGACACCCCCAGGCUAGGACUGGCCACUGAGGCCCAGGCCACUACUCCCAGCGCCUCCACACACAGGACCCAGGUCACGGAGGUGGAUGAGGAAACCCAUAGGGCCACGGCUGCUGCCGAAACCACCCCGACCCCACCUCUGGUCACCACCUGGACAGUCGAGCCCCCUAGUAGCAGCACCCAUUUGGAGGCCCACACCCAGCGCACCACCCCCUCCACAACCACUGACUCUAGCCUGGGCCAGCAGGCGUCGGCCUCCACCUCCCAGCACCAAGGCGGCAGUGGAACCCAGACGCAGACUCAGACCCAGAGGCCCUCCACAGGGGAGUCUCCAACAGACACCACCCUGAGGCACCUGGAGACCACCACCGCCACUCCAGACAACCACACCACCCACAGCCACCAUACCACAGCCUUUAGCAUCAGGACCACCCCCACCAGAAGCACGCUAGCACUCACCACGAGCACAAGCAGGGACACCGAAAGGGGCACCACGGAGGUGGGGGUCACCACCGCUCGGAUGGACGUCAGGUCGACACCCACAGCAGGCAGAGCAUGUUCUCCUAACCCCUGUGUGAAUGGAGGGAUGUGUGUGACCCACGGUCAGACCGACUUCACAUGCCACUGUCUGCAAGCGUGGAGUGGACCGACCUGCGGUGAUGAUGUAGACGAAUGCCAGAAUGACCCGUGCCCCCUGGUCUCCAGGUGUGUGAACACCCGGGGCUCCUUCAGCUGUGAGUGUCCCCUGGGGCUGGACCUGGAGGACGGACGCACCUGCACCAGGGCCAAGACAUUCCUGGGGACGUUCCGUGUCAACAACCCCCGCUUUGACCCCCUGCUCUCCAGGAGCACCACCCUGCAUGAGAUCCAGAGAGAGAUCCUCCAGCUGCUCAAUGCCUCGCUGUCUACACUGCCCGGUUACAGCCGCUCCACUCUACGUAAAAGAGAGGAGGACGGCCUGCGCAUCUCCGCUGUCAACAUGUUCUCCGCCUCCACGGAGGUCACCAGCUCCCAGGUCUACCACAGCAUCCAGACGACCCUCAGUAACUGUAGCUCCGCCUCCUCCCACUGCCAACUGGUCCUCCACCAUCAGCUGUCCUAUCACGAGGAGAGUCUGUGUCUGGCCCAGAAGGUUCCGUGUGACACGGAGCGCUCCGACUGCUCCGACUCUAGUGGGACGGCGUACUGCCGCUGCCGACCUGGCUACUUUAAACUCAACCCCGGAGACAUGUCCUGUAUAGAAUGUGGCGAUGGCAGCAAACUGGAAAAUGGCACGUGUGUCCGGUGCACAUUUGGAUUUGGAGGAUUUAACUGUGGGAACUUUUACAAGCUGAUUGCUGUGGUCGUUUCUCCAGCGGGGGGAGCUCUACUCCUCAUUCUCAUCAUUGCUCUCAUUGUCACCUGCUGCAAGAAAGACAAGAACGACAUAAACAAGAUUAUCUUCAAGAGUGGAGAUUUCCAGAUGUCUCCCUACGCCGAGUUUCCCAAGAGCAACCCGAGAGUGUCCAUGGAGUGGGGCCGCGAGGCCAUCGAGAUGCAGGAGAACGGCAGCACCAAGAAUCUGCUGCAGAUGACCGAUAUAUACUACUCACCCGCUCUGCGUAACUCGGACCUGGAGAGGAACGGCCUGUACCCUUUCUCUGGUUUGCCCGGCUCCCGCCACUCCUGUAUCUAUCCUGCUCAGUGGAAUCCCUCCUUCAUUAGUGAUGACUCACGACGGAGAGAUUACUUCUAGCUCACUCCGCCCCCCCUCCCCCCCACACACCAUCUGCCUUCAGCCAGUCACUCCCAGGCCUACAUGCGUGAAUGGAGGGAACCAUUUGCAUCGGUCUUUCAUGAACAUUUGCAUUGUCUGUCCAGGUGGGCAGUCGACUGAGUGUCUGUCUGGUCGUUUGUUUGUGAAAGCGAAGCGUGCACGUUUGGAUUGUGUGCAUGCGCGUGCGUGUGUCAGUUUCUGUCUGGUCUGUUGAUAACUAUUUGCCACUGAUGUGAUUUGUACAUAGAUGAAAUGUCUUAAUAUUUUACAUUUUGUUCAAAUGAAGAUUCAAAGCCUGUGAGUAAAGUCCAGUAAAUUGUUGAAGGAUUGUUCACCAGGUAAUUGUUAAAAUAUGACAGAAGAGUUGUGUUAAUUUAUUCUGUGUGUUGGAAUCUUUGGUAUGUAUGGUGAAGGUUAAUGUAGACAUAGACGUCACUCAAAGCCUGUGUGUGUGAAUUCAUUACACUAUCAGUGCCAUGUAACUGAUUUGAUUGAUUGCUUGUAUGUAAACAUGUACUGUUUAGUCUGCGAUUUUAGUUAAGAUUAUACUUUUAUGUAAUUAAUUUCUUCCUUCGUAUAUGAAUGGUGUAUUCAUUCUGGCGUUUUAGUCGGAAAUGUUAUAUUUAAAUAAAGUCUUGCACUGCAGUUU